UCAAACCCUGCAGUUUGACAUUAAAGACAAAAACAGUAAAGAAGCUGUGACCGUGAGGAACCCAGACACAUUUUCCAGCUCUUAUUACUGAGUUAGGAUUGUCCAAGACAUGCGUUUUCAGGUGUUUUUUUUUUUUUUUUGUUUGUUUUUUUUGUUGUUUUUUUUUUUUUCACAUUUCCACCUGUAGCGGACCGAGGACAGGUCCGAUCCACCUGAAACAAUGAAUGGAAAGCUGCAGUCUGGUCAACUUAAUCUGAACUCCAUCUGAACUUUGGGUUAUAGAAGGACUUUAAUGAACAAGUUGUGAAUGGAAACUUGGCUCGAUGUGAGGAAAAGCGGCGACACGCAGGCGCUCCUUGUGACCGUGAUGGGCACCGUGCGCUCCUCGCUCCGUGCGUAAGCUGCUGUGGUGUGGACGACUAACACAUUAUGAGACGCCAUGGCAUGGUGUGACCGAGGGGUUCAGACUUUGCUGGCUAUCGUGGGUGCCUUCACCGCCUUCAGCCUCAUGACCAUCGCAAUUGGCACCGACUACUGGCUUUACUCCCGGGCGUACAUCUGCAACGCCACCAAUGUCACUACGGAUGAGACACAAAUGCAAAACAAGAAAGUCAAAGGCGACUUGACGCACUCUGGGCUGUGGAGGAUCUGCUGUAUAGAAGGUAUCAACAAAGGAAGCUGUUUUCGGAUCAAUCAUUUUCCAGAGGACAACGACUACGAUACAGACAGUUCAGAGUACAUCUUACGUAUAGUGCGUGCAUCCAGUCUCUUUCCUAUCCUCAGCACCAUUCUGCUGAUGUUUGGGGGUCUGUGCGUUGCAGUCGGACGCAUCUACAGCAGCAGGAACAACAUCCUUCUCAGCGCUGGCAUCCUGUUUGUGGCUGCAGGCCUGAGCAACAUCAUCGGCAUCAUUGUCUACAUCUCGAGCAAUGCUGGAGAUCCCAGUGACAAAAAAGAUGAAGACAAGAAGAACCAGUACAACUACGGCUGGUCCUUCUACUUCGGCGCCCUCUCUUUCAUCGUGGCUGAGUCGGUGGGCGUUCUGGCUGUCAACAUAUACAUUGAGAAAAACAAAGAGACACGCUUUCGAGCCAGACGUGACUUCAUAAAAACCACCUCCUCCUCAUCACCGUACUCUCGCAUCCCGAGUUACCGCUACCGUCGAAGGCGCUCGCGUUCCAGUUCAAGGUCCAGCGACCCGUCCCGUGAGCCCUCUCCAGUUGGGAUGAAAGGAGGUGGUAGAGGUGGUGGAGGGAUGGGGUUACCGAUGGGGGAUAUAUCCCUUUACUCCCUCAGCAGGGACCCUUUGAAGGGUGGAAGUGGGACUGCAGGGCCUUAUAGUCCUGAGAGGGACUCUGGGUUUUUACAAGUCCACAACUGCUUCCAGAAAGAUCUGAAAGAUGGAGCAAACAGGAGGACCACACCGGUAUGAGGUCAGGAGUGUGUUUCUGUGUAAGACAAUAAGCCUGAUGGAACACAUUAGAUGUUGUACAGUUGAUGAAAAAGGACAAUUCCUCCCAGGGGCUAUGCAGGCAGCAGUGACACUAAAAGGUCAGAGCUUAAAAUUGUUUUCUUGUGCCCCUUUGUUACAGAAAAGUGCCAAUCUGUGUUUCAUUUACUGGAAGAAUAUAACUGACACCAAGACAAGGACCUCUGAUGAUACAAUUUAAUAUCUUCGCUGAAGCAGAUGCAGACUUUUUGUAGCAAUAUAAGAAGAAUUCAUUCUACUAUUUGAUGCCCAUUAUUUGAAACUUAAGACUGCUUGCAAAAAUAUUGUAGUUAUGCUAUUCCGUAAUGGAUAUUUACUGAAGACUUUGCUUGAAAGAAGUAUUAACCUUUUAUAAACUUAUAUAAUAAAGAUUCCGAAUAAUAACCUUCAGGUAGUGACGUUUUUCUUCUGAAUAGCUGCAUAGUGUUUUGAAAUAUGUCUUUUACUUUGUAACAAAAAAAGUAGUCCUCUCCAAAAUUGGUUCAUGUGAUUGUUAAACUCUCCUCAGUGUGUUGUAUCGUAUUUGUUCAACCUAACACGACUGGUGCUAACUGAUUCUGUACACCUUUGAUAGUCUUAAGCUUUCUCAACUGCCAUUUAAGUACUUUAACUGUAUCAAUAACCUCUCUUAAGCUUGUAUGUGAGUCAAGUGAUAAGUGUGUGUUUAACUGUGUGUGAACUGUGUGUUCUGGAUUUAAAACACUGCCACAUUUCAACACAUGUUCUGACUGUGGACUCUGUAGAUAUGUAACAAGAACAACAAGGCGCACAGUAAGGUCAGCACAUUCCUGUAUGCUGUGUGAUGCAUCCUGUCAUAUAAACCUGACAUGUACAGACUGUGUAGUUUGUUCUCUGUUUGCUCAGGGACGAUGUAUGGAGCAAAUCAAUCUCCUUUUAUAGAUGUAGAGCUUACAAUAGGAGAGAACAAACACGAUGUUUGCCAGGCAGACUGCAGACUGUUACAGGUGGUGUCUGUUAAAACAGAAGUGAGAUCACACUGUUUGUGUUGCUUUUAAUUAACAUGACUUUUGUUUCUGUAUUUAUUGCCUUUGUGUUCAGAGGGUUUUGCCUGGUAUUGAUUUUCUGGUGAAGCAAC